AAAGUUGUCGCCCUUGUCACCUUGUGUUGAUUUCACGAGAAACCCGAGUCGAAAUUGUAAAUUUUAAUUAUCAUCUACAAAAUUGUUAAUGUAUUGGUAAUUGCAGAAUAACAAAAUGGCACAAACUCUGACCGGAGGUCACACAUCAUCUGUUCUAUGUGUAGACUUAUCGACUACAAACCGGGUUGCAUCGGGAGGUGAGAACGGAGAGCUCUGUCUGUGGUCGACCUCGAGAGAUCUGCUCCACACAUUCGUCCGAGACGAGAAGGACUGCACAUCUGUGCUGUUCUCAAAGAAGACCCCGUCGACACUGUAUGCAUCGUUUGGAGACGAGAUCCUCGUGUUCGACACAGACGGAGACAUGCAGAUCCCCGUGCGUUCGCUGUGCUCCAACCGGGAUGAGAUCAACCAGAUUCAACUGGAUGACAAGGAAGAGCUUCUGGCUGCCUGCGAUGACUCUGGUGAAAUAAAAGUCGUGAAUUUAGUCGAGUGGAAGGUCUUGAAGACGCUGCGACACAAACACACAAAUAUCUGCUCAUCCGUGCAUUUCCGUCCUAGCCAUCCGUGGCAUUUGUUUAGCGGAGGCUUAGACUGCAAGCUCAUUCACUGGGAUUUCGCGAAAUUAAAAGCACUAAACCAGCUCAAUAUGCAGGAGCUGCAGAGUACACCGACAGAUGCGUCGGGGUACAUGUUCAACCCUCCAUUAAUUCACCAUCUCGACGUCUCGCCGAACGGAAAAUUCCUUGCAUGUGCCCUGGAGAACGGGCAGAUCGAAGUGUUUGACACUUCACACAGGCACAUCAGAGAAGUGUUCAGCUUGUUUGCGCACGAUCAAGGAGCGUCGCAGGUUCACUUCCUUGACGAUUCGUUUCUCGUGUCGGGUGGGAACGAUCGACACAUUGUUCUGUGGGAUCUCAGCAAAGCUGGGGAUUACGAACAGCACGAGAGUGAUUCGGUAACCAAUGGACACAGUUCUCCACUGGAAAGCAGAAAUAGUAUACUUUCCGAACUGUGUAAAGUAUCGUCUAUACCUCACUCUCACAAGGUCAACUGGCUGAAGCCCUUCGUUCAGAAUGGACAGUCAUUUGUUGUAGUAGCUGAUCAAACGAAUGUCGUAAAACUUUUGCCUUUGAACUGACCGGUUCAGUUUUACAUUUACAGUUGUUUUUUUUUUAUGAAAGAUCAUUUAAAAGUGAUCCGAAAGUUGGUCAAAACCACAACAUGUUGCACUUUUACAGUUAUGUAUUGUAAUUUAUUAAAUAUACUAAACUACAAAAGAAAUGCAAAUAUUAAUUAGUCUUCUCUUUAAUUUAUUUAAAAUUAUUAAUUCUCAAUCCCAUUAGUUUUUGUGUAUUUUAUAAUUAUCAAUGCCGUGUAAACUUUUUAAAUCCGUUUUGACAGUCUGUUUACCAAUUUAAUUUUAUGGGGGGAUAUAUACUCUUCAAAAAAAGUAGGGGAACUCUAAUAAGAAUUUACAGUUGCCAAACUUGUAAGGUAUAUUAGCUGUGGGGAAUGGUUAUAUGAUAAUAGUGAAUUAAUUGGGCAAACAUUACA